AUGCAGGUCCCUCUCUUUCGACUCCAGUGCGGCGUCAACUCCUACGAAUGGGGCAAAAAGGGCAAUGAUUCUGCCGCGGCGAGAUUUGCGGCUGCCACGCCGUCGGAUCAGUUGAGUAUUCAGGCGGACAAGCCGUAUGCAGAGCUCUGGAUGGGCACACAUCCCUCCAACCCUUCCAAAGACCUCAAAACCGGCCGAACGCUCCUGGAUCUCUGCUCCGAGAACCAGCUCCUCCUCUCGUCGUCGGUGUCGUCCAAAUUCGGCGCCAAGCUGCCGUUCCUCUUCAAAGUGCUGUCCAUCAACAAGGGCCUCUCGAUCCAGGCCCAUCCCAAUAAGAAGCUUGCCGAGCAGUUGCACGCAAGAGAUCCUAAAAACUACCCGGAUGAUAAUCACAAGCCCGAGAUGGCUAUUGCCAUUACGCCUUUCGAGGGGCUCUGCGGGUUUCGGCCGUUGGUCGAGAUUGCUCACUUUUUGGAGAAUGUUGGGCCUUUGAGAGAGUUGGUUGGCGAGGAGACUGCUUCGGAGUUUAUCAAGACGAUCAAGGGGAGUGAUGAGGCCAGCAAGAAGGCGGCCCUGAAGAAGGCUUUUGGGGCGCUGAUGUCUUCUUCGGCGGACGAUGUUGCCAAGGGAAUCACAAAAGUGGUCGAGUUGGCCAAGUCGCAAGGCGUCGAGUUUGCUGCGGGAGGAGUCGAGUCUACCAAGGGUGAGGUUCUCUCUGAGCUUGUAACCCGACUUUACGGACAGUUUGGCGACGAUAUUGGCAUCUUUGUGCUCUUCUUCCUCAACUUUGUCACACUGCAGCCAGGAGAAGCCCUGUUCCUCGUGGCUGAUGACAUUCAUGCGUAUUUAUCCGGGGAUAUCAUUGAGUGCAUGGCCGCAUCUGACAACGUGGUUCGCGCGGGUCUCACGCCCAAGUUCAAGGACGUCACGACGCUCGUCGACAUGCUCACGUACAACUACGCGCCUAUUGACGAACAAAAGAUGGAGCCUACGGACUAUCCGUACGCAACUCUGAACCGCACGGCGUACAGCUCUGGCUCGGCGGUACACCUCUACGACCCGCCGAUCGAAGAAUUCGCCGUGGCGAGGACGGUGCUCAAGGAAACGGGUGCAAAGGCUACGUUUGAGCCGUUGGAAGGGCCCAGCAUUGUGAUUUGCACGAAUGGCAAGGGCAGGAUUAGCGUGGGACCGACGGUGCACGAGGUCAAGGAGGGAUAUGUAUUCUUUGUGGGCUCGACGGCUGAGUGUGUGCUCGAGGCGGAGGGGGAUGAGUUUAUUACGUUUAAGGCGUUUUGUGAGGUGGAGGGGAGUAAGGAGAGGUUGUGA